GCCCGGGGUCAGUGUCUGCUGCUAGUGGGGUUGGGGUGGUCACUUGGGCUCCCGAGAACAUGACGGGGUGGGCUCUGGGGCCGGCGCACUGUGGGUGCGGUGAGGUCUUUGACAGGUUCAGGGCCUGUCCCGGGCCGAGUGUCCAUCGCUAGGCCAGCGGCCACCUGUUCUCGCUCCGGCCGCCCUGGCACUGACCUCGCCGCCACUAUGUCCCGGACGUCCAGGUCUGGAGGCUUCCUGCCCCCGUUGUGGCCGCCGCCUCCCGGGGAGCCAGGUGGCGUUUGGCAAGACGGCAAAUUCGAACCUGGCCCCUUGUGGCCUUCCCGAGGUCAGCUGUGGUGGACCCGGGCAAUUAAGGGGCAGGAUGGGGCCGUCAAGGAAGGAGAGGAGACGGACUUGGCGUGGUCCGGGAGAGGAGCGAGCCGGGCUUCCUUCUCCGGGCCCCGACUGCCUGCAGCCCUGCAGCGGCUCCGAGCGGUCCUGCUGCGGCUGCAGAGGGAGCGGGAGGAGCUGCUCGUGGCCCGGGACUGCGCCCGAUCCCUCCACGCCACGCUGGGCUUCUUGAAAGUCCCCCGGCCCUUCGCUGCCCUGCCCCAGCUGUGCUGGGAGCUGCUUCCGCACAGCCCUCACGGCACCACCCUGCGCGUCCGGGCCCACACCGACCCCCAGUUCCGGCCCCUUGCACUUCCCCUGGCCUUAGCGAUACAGAGACUGGACAUGGCCGUUGAAGAGCAGCUGAAGGUCUUGGGCCAGGCUUCCCCCAGCCCCGCCUUGGUGUUCCAGAUCAGUGAGCUUCUUCAGGUGCUCCCUGCCUACCACCAGGUGCUGGCAGUGGCCGUGGGGGCUGUCCCCAGGGCAGCCCAGCCCUUCCCUCCUAGUCGAGUGCUCCAUCUCUUGGCCAGGGAGCGGGGCAGACUAGGAGCAGAGAGGCUCUGGAUGGGUCUAAAGGAAUCUAAGCUUCGGACUCAGCUCCAUAAGCUUUGCCGGGAAGAACGAGAACUUCUUCCUGGGUUGUUGGGCCUGCUGGGAGAUACUGGGGCUCCUGGGAGUGGUUCUCGGGGCUUGGGAGGGUCCCGAAAGCUGUGGGGCCAGUAUUGGAGUCUCUUUUGGGCAGCAUGUGCCCAGAGCCUUGGCCGGAGACUGGGCCCUUGGGAAGACAUGCAGAAAGCCGUGCAGGAGCUGAGAGAGGCACUGGAUCAGGCAUCCCUGCCACAAGAAUGUGAGAAGGAGCUGACUUCACUGUGCCACUGUCUGCUCCGACAGGCACUGAUCUGGAUGUGGGACCAAGGUUUUUGCAGAGCCUUGGGAUCUGUUCGUGGAGACUGUGGGAUUAUGCGUGCAUCUUGGGAUGGCACCCCCUGCAUGCACACUACUGACCUCUUCCAACAGCUCUUUCCUCCGCUCACCUCUGCCCUUCAAGAACCAGGGGCAGCUUCUUGCCAGUCUUCUGGGCCAGGGCCACCACCUCUAGCCCUUGGGCUUUGCACUCUUCAGGCCACCACCCACUGGCUCCUAAGUAAAUGUCAGCAGCAUCUGGCCUCGUGGGCCCCAGGACCCCUUCUGCUGCUGAUCCAGAGGGAACUGCCUCUUCUGCUCUGUGAGGCAGAGGCCCUGGCAGCCCUGGUUUCUGAAGGGGCAUCUGUCCUGGGACUGGACCAGCAGCUGGGAAAAGAGAUUCGGAGACUGACAGCUCGCAUUCAGGUCCUGCCCGAGGAGUCUCUGUGCCUCUUUUCCCGAGAAUGUUGGCAACAAGCAGCUAAGGGCUUCCAGCUCCAUAUGCCCCAGGGUCGUCACUGGAGGCUCAGGCUCCGAUCUGAGCUCCCCAGCAUCCCCAGUGACUAUGCAGAGUUGGUAGUGGGAGCUGUUCUGGGGCCUGUGCUGCAGGGGGUACAGGGAUUGCCCCCCCAGGCCCAAGGGCCCCCACUCACACAGGCCUUGACUGCACUUCUUGAUGCCUGGCUCAACCACAUUCUCACUCAGAAGAUCCGGUUCAGCCUGCAGGGCGCACUGCAGCUGAGACAGGAUUUUGCAUUGGUUCGGGGGCUGCUAGAAGAGGAGCAGUGGGGUCUGGCCCCUGAACUUCGUCAGGCUUUGCUCACACUCAGCGUCUUCCAGCGGGCAGAUGGGGCCCUGUUGUGUCUGCUGCAGCAGCCAGUGCCUGGGAGCCGUACCUACAGAGGACCCCCAUGCUGUUGUUCCUGUAACAAGAUCCAGACCCCUGAACUACCCAGUAGCAGCCUCAACAGCCUAGAGAACUUAGAACCACCUCCUCUGCGCCCUGGGGUUACUCUUGUUCAAACAGCUCAACUUCUCAGUACUCUUCGGGGUGGAGGACCCAGCCCUGAGGCCUACUUGGCAGGCAGCCAGCAGGCUUGGCUGGCCCUUCGGCAGCACCGACCCCUACGAUGGCAUCUGCCCAGCUUUCUUUGCAUUCGAACUAGUCCUGAGCCCUGAUAACAGCACGUGAAAACUGGGAAAAUUCAGAGGCCAGAACAAGCCCAAAGAAGCCUAGAAAUAAAUCUUUGACACCAGAGUCUGAACCAAGUCCAGGACAGCUUGGAACCUGGAACAAAGGGAAGCUUGGAGCCAAAUCUGGAAGUGGAGAGGCAUUUAGAGGAGCUUACUACCCAGAACCAACAGGAGCCUAGGGUCUGCAGCCAUAUAAUCAAGAGCCUGGAACCCAAAAAUGCUCAGGGUUUGAGACCCAGCUACCAAAAACACUGGGACCCUGAGCUACAAAUCCAGAGAAAUUUGAGCCCAGGAAUCCUGGGCCUCAUGUAGGCCUAAAGAUUGAGAACCUCAUGCCCUAGACUAGACAUAAGUAACUGCAGCAACGGAAGGGGAGGAACCAGAACAUUCUGCAUAUGUAAGUCCCAAGAGCUGCUCCCCCCACCCCCAGUUCUUUGCCCCAACACCUCAGGGCUGAUGUGGAUGUGCCUUUCCAAACAUGACAAAACCAGUCCUCUCCUUGCCACAGACAAGGUGCUAUUUUCACAUGUCAGGAGACGUUCAUUAAGCACUUAGUCGUGCAUGAUCUUGUACUAGGUGACCAGAGAGAUGAUGAGAAAUGGAAUGGGGUUCCUGCUCUCCAGUAGCUCACAGCCUAUUGGGGAAGAGGAGGAAUGGAUACAGGCAGCAUAGCGUAGUGGUGAAAUCUAAAGACCUGGAGAACUUGGGUUUGAAUCUUGGCUGCUUUUCACUAUCUGUUGUCAUCACCUGGCAAAUGACUUCAUCCUUUGGGCCUCAGUUUCCUGAUCUGUAAAAUGGGCAGUUGGACCACGUUGUUCAGGUAUCUUCCAAAUACUCAAGUAUAAUGCACAUCAGAUGACAUGUUAAAGAGAAAUGAAAGUGAGAUGACUUCCAGUUGAGUGGAUAAGGAAAGGGAUUUAAACUGGACCUUUAAGUAUGCAGAUUUCUGCACCUCCUUUCUGGAAGUAGGGAAUGAGAUCUUGGGCAGAAAUUGGAAAAAAUUGGAGCAGAGGCUUAAAGAAAGAUGAACCUGGCAGCAUCUCCCGGAUGGUGAACGGUGCAGGCAGG